GCCAGUUUCUUCAUGAACAACUAAAGUAAUCAGUAAAAGUAUUAACUUUUACUUGACCAUUACUGGAGUUUAGGUAAAUGUGUUUCUUCAUUCAAGCAAGAGCUAAAGUAAAAGUCAAAGUAGUUGCCAUUACAUACACGUCGCAGUUUCACCAAAAAGUCGUGGCGAGUUUUUUUUACACAUGGCAACAUCGUAAUAUCACUGUCAAUUAGUAUAAAGUGUCAAAUAUCUCUAUGGUGCCAAAAGUACUUUUAAAAUAAAAAUUCGUUUUUUUCUUACAUACUGAUUUAAAACCAUUUACAAGUUUAAAAUAUUUAUUAUGAUGGAGCUUUUCAGAGACGAAAAUGUGGACGUAAACUUGACGUCUAGUGAAAGAGCUUCGAAUUUUACUAGUACCGAAAUUGAAAAAUUACAAAAAUUAAUUAACAAGCAUAAAAACGUAUUAUUAAAUAAAAAAACAAAUGGAGUUCUAAUUAAACAAAAAGAGGAAACUUGGGAGGUGCUUGCCAAAGAAUUUAAUGCGUCCAGCAAUACCUAUAGAAGUGUAAAGCAAUUGAAAUGUAAGUGGGAGUACAUAAAAAAAAGUGCAAGGAAAGAGGCUGGGAGAGUAAACCGCAUGCGUCGGCAGACUGGUGGAGGACCACCUCCUCCUCCAUUAUCUGCAACGAGUGAAUGGGUCUCUGGAAUUCUGAAAGAGUCUGUGUCCGGGAUUGAGUCUCAAUAUGAUGGAGAUGUCUGCAGUGGCAUAGUGGUUGAACCACCUCCAACAUCAGUUUAUGCAGAGAUAAAUGUGAUGGAUAUAAGUCAGGAUGCUGUAGAAGUACAGGAUGUUGUGAAAGAAAAUAUAAAACAACAAUCUUCCCCAGUUAUGAGUGCUACAUUCAAAAGACAUGCAGCGAGGAAAACAUUAAAUGCUACUCCACAUCAAACCAGGCAGUCAUUUUUGGAAUUGGCGAAAAUGAAAAAGGAACUUGUGCAUCUUAAAACCAAAAAUAUCGAAAGGCAGGACGAAAGUUCUCUAGUCCAUCUGAGAGAGGAGAAAUGUCGGUUAGAGAUGGAUUUGUUAAAAAAAGAGGAACAGCGUAAACAGGAAUUACAUGAAUUGCAAGUUCUAAAAAUGAAAUUAGAAAUAGAUAUUUUAAGAAAGAAAACAGAAUAAUGUAUCUUUUUCUAACUUCAUUUUAA